CCAAGACCUGCUGUUAUCAGUACGGUGCCUGAUGCAUCUUUAGCCAUGAACACGACGUGCAACACUCAAAACACACCAGUUGAUCAGUAGCCGCUGCUUACUAUAGAUGGCCAGACAGUUUGACUUUUCACCCGCAAUUGACUUGUCGAGAAGUGGAGUACUGUAAUGCUCAAGGAGAUGUAAACCGUGAGUUAAAGAUCGGUCACUGCAAUGUGGGCCUAUGCCGAGCUGUCAGGCUGCCCCCUUUGAGCCACAGACUAUCCAAUGCCGCGACUCGACCAAAUUCACUACUAGUUCACCUUGAAAUUUGGUUCCUCGUGUUCCGUCUGCCCGAAAUUAAUGGCGACCACCGUCUCGGGGUUCAUCCGGCCUCUCCUCCUCGUCUACCUGAUGAUGCGAGCGGCGGCGGCGGUCGGGGGCGUCAACUCGUCCGCCGCGUGCCCGCUCGACCUGUCCUACGUGAAAACGUUCCCGUGGGACCCCGCGCCGUGCUCGCCGACGUCGUCGAACCGCACGGCCUGCUGCACGACGCUCCUCUCCGUGUUCGGCAUCGGCCUGGCCGCGCGGCUCCGGUCCACGGGCCGCUUCCGCCUCCCGUCCGCUCCGGCCUCCGCGGCCUGCAUCGCGGCCUUCUCCGACGCGCUCGCCUCGCCGCCGCUCUUGCUCCCGCCGUCCUCCUCUUCCGGCUGCUUCCCGGACCCGGCCCAGUUCGCCAUCUCCCCGACCUUCUGCGCGGGGGUCACCACGGCCGCGGAGUACGCGGCCGCCGUGGGGGACGCCUCCGUCGUCGCGAGCCUCAACGCCUCCUGCGGCGCCGACCUCGCAGCCAUGCCGCUCUGCUCUGCCUGUCUCGACGCCGGCAUCCGCGCGUCGGCUCGGCUUACCGCCAAGGCCGGGGACAGGGCCAAGUCGCUCAGCUGCUUCUACCUCACCGUGCUAUACGCGGCCGGCGUCGCCAGCAACGCCGGGCCCGUUUCCCCCGCCACAGCCAGCUGCACCCUCGGCCUCGCUCUCUCCACCCCGGCAUCACCAUCAUCAUCGUCUACGGCUACGCCCAGCUCCAGCUCCAGCCCCAUCAGCCACACUCACAUCGCGGUCGCGACCACCAUCCCGAUCGCCUCCGUGCUGCUCGUCUCCCUCAUCGCGCUGCUUCUCCUUUGGACCAAGCGCCGUGACGACGGCAUCAAGAGGACCAGCCGCAACCGCUUGUCCGAGGAGCGGUCUCGGAGUCGGGCAUCACGGGAGCGGCCCAACACGGGGUCGGUGCUGUUCGAGUUCGGGGAGCUGGCGAGGGCGACGGGCGGGUUCGCGGAGCGGAACGUGAUCGGGCGAGGCGGGUUCGGGGUCGUGUACCGCGGCGUGCUCCCUGGGGACGGCUCCGUGGUGGCCGUGAAGAAGAUGCUGGACCCGGACGUGGAGGGCGGCGACGAGGAGUUCACCAACGAGGUGGAGAUCAUCAGCCAGUUCCGGCACCGCAACCUCGUGCCCCUGCGCGGCUGCUGCAUUACUACUGCCACCAAUGACGCCGACGACGACGAUGACCAUCAGGGCGACAACAAGCAGAUGCUGCUCGUGUACGACUACAUGCCCAACGGCUCGCUGGACCGCUACAUCUUCGCCGCCCAGGAGGGCGACGGGGCCGCCGCGGCGUUGAUGCCGUGGGCGCAGCGGAGGAGCGUGAUCCUGGACGUGGCGAGGGGGCUGGAGUACAUGCACCACGGGGUGAAGCCGGGGAUCUACCACCGGGACGUCAAGGCGACCAACAUACUCCUGGACGCGGACAUGCGGGCGCGCGUGGCGGACUUCGGGCUGGCGCGCCGGAGCCGGGACGGGCAGUCGCACCUCACGACGCGCGUGGCGGGCACGCACGGGUACCUGGCGCCCGAGUACGCGCUCUACGGGCAGCUCACGGAGAAGAGCGACGUGUACAGCUUCGGCGUGCUGCUGCUGGAGGCCAUGAGCGGCCGGCGCGCGCUCGACCUGUCGGACCCGUCCGGGAUGGUGCUCAUCACGGACUGGGCGUGGGCGCGUGUCAGGGCCGGACGGGCCAGGGAGGUGCUCGCCGAGACGCUGCGGCGCGAGGCGGGGGAGGAGGAGGAGUGCCGCCCGACUAGCGUGCAGGCCGCCGUGGCCAUGGUCAUGGAGAGGUUCGUGCUCGUCGGGAUCCUGUGCGCGCACGUCACGGUGGCGUGCCGCCCCACCAUGCCCGAGGCGCUGAGGAUGCUGGAGGGGGACGUGGACGUGCCGGACUUGCCCGACCGGCCGCAGCCGUUCGGACAGAGGAUCGCGUUCGACCAAGGCAUCGAAGGCAGUUUCAGCACCUCGUCCGUGCUCAGCGGCCCGUUCGUCGACUUCGGCGACAUGCUCAGGUGAAGAUCAAGGAACGAAGCGGUGUUAGCCGUUGAUGGAUGAGGCCAUAGAUCAUGCCUGGGCUUGGGAACUGGGAUCAUGUGGUGUACUUCUACAAUUUGCAUACUGCAGUAACAACAAUUUGUAACUGCUAGUUCUGAUUUUUUUUUCUGUAUUACUGUGUUCUUGAUGAUUGUAUUUGUGUCCGACACUAUGAUGCUGAAUGAGCUGAAGUUGACAUCAAA